GCUUUGCAAUUUAGAAGAUUUUUCCACCGUCGUUCUUCGAUGUUAUGGAACAUCUGGCCGUACAUUUAGCAGACGAAGCUGCUUUAGGUGGUCCAGUGCAAUAUAGAUGGAUGUAUCCUUUCGAGCGAUACAUGUACCAUCUGAAAAAGAAAGUUAAAAAUAAGGCACACAUUGGAGGUUCCAUCGUUGCACAAUAUGUGAAUAAGGAAAUAUCUACCGCUUCUGCUAACUUCUUUGGUAAUCCACAAGUGGUACCUGAGGUUCCACUUCCCGGAGAAGUUCGGUUUACAUAUCAAUAUCCAGAUGUGCCUAACUUGUUUUAUCACGAAGGUCGGGUUAGUGGAAAAUCUGAAGAGAAAUGGCAAACCGAUGAUGACUACACCGUCCUCCAGAUUUUUCUGAUGCUCAAUUGUAAUACAUUCGAACCCUACGAAAGGAUGUUCGAGGAGUUUAUGAUGGAGAGAAACCCAUAUAUGUCUAGUAAUGACCUACAAAUACUAAAAGACCAACAAUUUGCCGAAUGGGUGAAAAACUAUGUUAUGCAAGCGAGUAACACAUAUGAGUUUCCGAUGUGGAUGUUGGAUUUUGUACAAGGUCCGCAACGUAAGUAUAAGUCUUGGCCGAUUUACCAUUCACGUGGCUACUGCUUCCACACACAUAGCCAUCGCCAAGAUAUGAAAACCCAACAUUACGGCGUCCAAGUUCGUGGAACCACAUAUACUGACUAUUACGGUUUGAUCGAGGAGAUAAUGAUGGUUGAGUAUUUUGGUUCUGUUGGACUGAAGGCCAUGUUUGUUUCAUUCCUUAUCCGCGGGUACGACAUACAUCAGCCAACGAUUGGUGGGCAUGUACAAAAGUUAUGCCUAGAGGGGUUCGAGAAACGUCUGAGGAUGCUCUUGUUGCGUUACAAGAUGAUAGUUGUUGCACAGAGCGUGAUGUUGCGCAUUGAGGCGUAUGUUGUCGAAGAUGAUUCAGAUUAUGAAUCCACGCCAAUUGUUCCUCCUAAUGACGAAUACGUUUCAGAAGAUGAAUUAGACGAGGCUUGUACUGAUUCGGAUUCAGAAUCUGAUUCAAGUUCUUAG